AUGGAGGGAAAUGAAUCAGAAACUGCUGCUGCUGCUGAAGAGAGUGAGGAAAUAGAAUGUGAUUCUGUCAAAUUAUCUAUGACUCCUCCACUGAGGGCUAAGGCUGCACGGGAAGAAAGAGUUUCCUGUCCACGGUCAGCAGUUUUGCCAGGCUUGGCUACAGUCUUUGGGAUAGUGGGCAUCUCCCUAGUGAUUACUUUGGUUUGGAAGAUGAGUGAUUCCCACCCACACUGCCCUGAACUGUGGGUGACCUACAGAGGGAGCUGCUACUCCUUCUCCAAGGAGAAGAAGGACUGGAAUUCCAGCCGGGAAUCCUGCAGGGCACAGGGAGCUCAUCUCCUGGUGAUCAGUGAUACCUUGGAAAAGGACCUGUUCAAGAGGAUUCAAGUGGAAAAUUUCUGGAUUGGACUGAGGAACAGCGCAAGCUCUGGAUGGAUUUGGGAAGAUGGCUCUAUAGUCAAUGACACCACGAUCUGGUCUAAUAGCCCUGUGCAACACUGUGCUGUCCUGAUGAAAGGUCAAUUUUGGGCCUCCAGUUGUGAAGUUCCUGCUCCGUGGAUCUGUGAGAAAUCUCUUCAAUAA